CCUGCUUCGUCUUCUUCAUCUUCUUCUCCACUCUGAUUAAAACAAACUUGAAUCGGUGCACAAGUUCUCUGGCGAAUUGAGCUGCGUUUGCUUCCAAUUGCUUUCAAAAUUCUCCUCUAUAUCUCUCUCCAAUUGAUUCUGAGGUAUGGAAACUUGAUUGGAAGUAAUGAAUGCGAAUCACAACAACCUCUGGAGGGAUGGUCUUAUAUGCGCCUUCGAGUUUCAUCAAGCUCGUCGUAAGUCAACCAAGUACCACACCAGAAGCCUUCUUCAGUGUCAAGGAGGAGAUUCCCUUUAUACCUUAACGUAUCAUAAGAAGAAACAUGAAUUUAGAGAAGAAGAAGAAGAGGAGCACUCGAGGAGUUAUUGGAGACCAAUUGGUUGGGAUAGGCUCUCUGAGCUUGUUCAGACAGUGAAGGUUGAUGGUGACUGGUCAGCGCAGAAUGUUGAUGGAGAAGCCACUGUUGCUGAGCUGGCUGCUCCUUACUGGGAACGGCCACUCGCGGGUCCAACGUGGUGGUGCCACGUGGAUGCUAGCCAUCGAGGUGUUGCUUUGUGGCUGCGUGAGGCGCAGUGGUUGCAUCCGGCUGUUAGCGUUGCUCUGAGGGAUGAGAGCAAGUUGAUUAGUGAACGGAUGAAACAUAUCUUCUAUGAGGUUCCUGUUAGAGUAGCUGGUGGGCUGUUGUUUGAGCUGUUGGGGCAAUCAGUUGGUGAUCCUUUUAUCGAAGAAGAUGACAUUCCCAUUGUCUUGAGGUCAUGGCAGUCACAGAAUUUUGCAGUGACUGCAUUGCACGUUAAGGGGUUUGCCUCGAACAUUAGUGUGUUAGGUAUUACAGAAGUCCAGGAAAUGCUAAUUGCUGGUGGAGCCUGCAUUCCAAGAACCAUUCAUGAACUAAUAGCACAUCUUACAUGCCGUCUUGCUCGCUGGGAUGAUAGGCUAUUUAGGAAGUAUAUAUUUGGCGCAGCAGAUGAAGUUGAGUUGAUGUUUAUGAACAAGAGAAUGUACGAGGAUCUAAAUCUGUUUACUAUAAUCUUGAAUCAAGAAAUCAGAAGGCUUUCCACCCAGGUUAUAAGAGUGAAAUGGUCGCUUCAUGCUAGAGAAGAGAUUGUGUUCGAGCUGCUUCAGCAACUAAAAGGCAAUACAGCAAAAGGCUUGCUUGAAGGAAUAAGAAAGAGCACACGCGACAUGAUCAAUGAACAAGAAGCUGUCCGUGGUCGUUUAUUCACUAUCCAAGACGUAAUGCAAAACACAGUUCGAGCAUGGUUACAGGAUCGAAGCCUCACGGUUACACACAACCUAGGAAUCUUUGGAGGAGUUGGUCUUUUGCUGACAAUAGUGACUGGUCUAUUUGGGAUAAACGUAGAUGGCAUACCAGGAGCUGCAGAUUCUCCACAAGCCUUUGCGCUUUUCUCAGCCAUUCUUUUCUUCUCAGGUUUUGUUCUAGUGGUCGGAGCUCUGCUCUACCUUGGACUCAAGGAGCCAGAGGCAGAAGAGAACGUGGAGAUUAGAAAACAAGAGCUUGAUGAAAUGGUCAAGAAGUUUCAGCGAGAAGCCGAGUCUCAUGCUCAGGUUUUCCAGAAAGUUCCUCAGAAUAUUGAACGCACGGCUAGUAGUAGAAUGUUAGUACAUGAUCCAAAUGGUUACGUUCUCAUGGAAUGAAAUCAAAUAAAAGUUUGGUUUUCUUGAUGUUAAUUUGAAAUCAUAUGAAGAAUGUUAAUACAUUUGAUUCUAGUCAAGAAGAAACAAAAGUGAAAGAAUCCAUAAUAUAUGGAACCCAGCCCGCCUGGUUCACACCUGAACCAUUUGUGCAAUGUUAAUGAGCUAAUGUAAAGCCUAAUAACUAUAUUUGAGAGAUCUUAUUUGUCCUGGGACUUCUAUUUUGCAGGUUUAGAUUUUAUUA